CACCGCAAACUACAAUAAUAAUGGAAACAAACAAUGCUUUAGUCACGUGUAGCGGGCAGCUAUUUCCCUCGUUAACUGGGGAUUGAAAAGGAAGAAGAAGAAGAAGAAGAAGAAGAUUAUUUUGGUUAAACCCUAGUCUACUAUUUAUUCUAUCAGAAAAUUUAUCAAAAGAUUAAUUUACAAAAUUAUGAAGAUAGCAGUAGAAGGAUGUAUGCAUGGGGAUCUAGACACAGUUUACGAAACAAUCAAACACACUGAAACUUUACAUAACAUUAAAAUCGACCUUCUUCUCUGUUGCGGCGAUUUCCAGGCCGUGAGAAAUAAAAAAGACAUGGAUAGCUUAGCUGUACCGUCGAAAUAUCGGGAGAUGAAGUCAUUUUGGAAGUACUAUUCAGGCCAAGAACUCGCUCCGGUACCUACUAUUUUCAUCGGCGGCAAUCACGAAGCUUCUAAUUAUUUAUGGGAGCUAUAUUAUGGAGGAUGGGCAGCGCCUAAUAUUUACUUUCUAGGGUUUGCUGGAGUGGUAAAAUUUGGAAAUAUUCGAAUUGGUGGUCUUUCUGGGAUUUAUAACGCGCGAGAUUAUAAUUUAGGACAUCAUGAAAGGCCUCCGUAUAACCAGAACACUAUAAAGUCAGUAUAUCAUGUUCGCGAGUAUGAUGUACAUAAACUUAUGCAAGUUGAGGAACCAAUUGAUAUCUUUCUUUCACAUGAUUGGCCUCUUGGUAUUACUGAUUGUGGGAAUUGGAAGCAACUUGUUCGAUAUAAACCACAUUUCGAGAAUGAGAUUCAGAAGAGAACUCUUGGGAGUAAAGCUGCUGCUCAACUGCUGGAAAAAUUAAGACCUCCUUAUUGGUUUUCUGCUCACCUGCACUGCAAAUUUGCUGCUCUUGUUCAACAUGGGGAAGAUGGCCCAGUGACAAAGUUUCUUGCACUUGAUAAGUGUCUUCCUGGAAAAAAAUUUUUGCAGAUCUUUGAUAUAGAAUCAGAGCCUAGACCUUAUGAAAUUCAGUAUGAUGAAGAAUGGCUGGCGAUAACGAGGAAAUUCAACUCUAUCUUUCCAUUAACGUUUAGAAGUGCAAAUUUUAGGGGUACACAGCUUCAAAUGGAAGAUUGUCGACAAUGGGUUAGGAGUAGACUGCAAGAAAGAGGUGCCAAACCUUAUGAUUUUGCACGGACUGUUCCUCCUUUUGAUCCCAGCCAACCUGACUUGAACAAUUCUUUCUCUGAUUGUCCUAGAAAUCCUCAGACGGAGUCUUUGUUGCAGCUUUUGGAACUUCCUUAUCUUCUUGAUAGCACGUCAGAAUCAAGAGAACCAACUCGUAGUCCCACCUCAUUAGUUCUCGGAGGUUCUUCUGCUGAGGAUAGUGAAGACAUUCCCAUAGAUGAUGUGGAUGAUUCAGAAGAACUUGUAGAAAGUUGAUGAUGUGGAAACCUGAAAUGAGCAGCUGGAAGCUCCUACAAGCCAGGAGAAAGGGUGAUAGCAGUGUUGUUGUAUUCUAUGAUGGGAAAGGGACAAAGAAGAAUGCAGCAGCUAGUUUCCAGAUGCAAGAGGGAGACCAGAGAUGGUUCACCAAUUGCACCCACUGCAAGUAAUGCCUGAAGGAAACUGCUCCUAGGUGAAGGCCUAAUUCUUGUUGGAGGCAUUGCCCUUGCUAUCUGGUGCUGGAUUGAGGACAAUUUUGCGAAUUGUGAUGGACCCGAGAAGCAGAAACUGACUACAGUUUUUGUAGCCCAAUAAUCCGAGUAAAGUAGCUACUGGUCAUGUUAGUUUUGCUCGGGUGUUUUGACUCUCAAUGAUCGCCUUUUCUUUUCCAUUGUAUAGAAUAUUUUUGUUUUUUGUUUUCUUGUUUUUUUGUUUUUUGUUUUUUGUUUUUUGUUUUUUGUUUUUUUUAAAUUUUUGAGUUAUAAAUGAGGGAGGAGAACUUGAAGUUACAGAUUUUGCUCUAAGUUACGAUAUAAUAUGAAUCCACGGCCAGACUAAGUCUGCGGAUACUAUCUUUUAAGUA